ACCUAUUUGGUGGUAGGACGGAUCUUGGCCGUGUAACAUACAGCGGAGAUACUGUUUGCUAUCCCUGUGAGAAACGGUAUAGGAUUAUUAGCCUUGAUAGAAAUUCAACUCUAUAAAAUCUUUUUCUAAGAAGUGUGUAAACCAGUACCGAGAACAAGUUCGUAGAGACGCUGUUAACGAAAACAAUUUAGUAGUGUCAUCAACUUCAACAUAAAUGUCGCAGAACACUUCAGGUUCGUCAUCAACAAACUAUUCAAAUGCACAGAAUUCGAGUUCAAGCAGUGGAGUGAAUAAUGAAAACCAGGUUCUUACAAGGAGCAGACUUCAAGACUUGGUUAGAGAAGUAGACCCCAAUGAACAGUUAGAUGAAGAAGUUGAGGAGCUACUGUUGCAAAUUGCUGAUGAUUUCAUUGAGUCUACGGUGAAUGCUUCUUGCCAACUUGCAAAACACAGACAAGCUACUGCAUUAGACGUGACUGAUGUUCAGAUGCAUUUAGAACGACAGUGGAAUAUGUGGAUUCCUGGAUUUGGAACAGAUGAGCUACGACCAUACAAGAGGGCACCAGUGACUGAAGCUCAUAAACAACGAAUGGCUCUGAUACGGAAACAAAUGAAAAAAUUUUGAAUUCAUGUGGAUCAAUUUUGUGAGGGUGAAUAAAAAUGUAUGACUUUUA